UCGGCACGGAAGUGACGUAGAAGGCAGGCGGCCAUCUUUCCGCGGGAGCAACUUUAACUGAGCACUCCGCUGGGGCAAGAGUCUGUGGGGCUGCGGCGUUUGUGCGCAGAUAUUUUUUGUGUCCUCUCAGUCAAGUAUGUCGGAGGAAAUCGAGGAGACCAAGACAUCGGAAGAGGCAACCGGCGCGGAGCAGCGGGAGAUGGAGGACAAGGUGAUCAGUCCAGAGAAGGCAGAGGAGGCCAAGCUGAAGAAGCGGUAUCCCAACCUGGGAGCUAAGCCGGGAGGCUCAGAUCUCCUGAGGAAGCGACUCCAGAAGGGGCAAAAAUACUUUGACUCGGGUGAUUACAACAUGGCCAAGGCCAAAGUAAAGAACAAGCAGCUGCCCGCGGCCGCAGCUGAGAAGACUGAGAUAACGGGGGACCAUAUACCCACUCCCCAGGACCUGCCCCAGAGGAAGCCGUCCCUGGUGGCCAGCAAGCUGGCUGUCUGAUGCACAGCCUGGCGGAGCUGCUUUCCUCCGCCCUCUGCGCUCUAACCACGCUGCCCUGCACCUCCAUGCUCUCUCAUGUUGGUCUCCUUCCUGAUUUCCCCUCCCGUCCCUAAUUUCCUAACCAUAACCUUCCAGAAGACUUGGAUUGGUACUGAGUGGCUGAGGAAUCCCAGGCAGGACUCUUCUAGUAGCUUAAAAUGUACUGUGGUGUAAGUGACUGCAAGUGUGUGUAUACAGCUGGAGAUAACGUUUUAGAAGGUUUUACAUUUUACUGUAUCAUUCCUUGUCUCUUUUUUUUUUCCCCUUAAAUUAUGGAGUUAUGUGCUUGAACAGUUUGCUGUAACUCUGUGUAACAUCCCAGAUUUCAUCCUAAAGGCACUUUUUUUUAAUAUGUAUAAUGUACACUUAAAGAACAGACCAAAAGAAUUGCUUGCUUGGGGUUAAAAUGAGUGUAUGGGAGGCUGGAUUGAGAGAUGCUCUUUGUCCACCUCUGUCAGAUUGUAAAAUGGCCUUAAACUCUCAUUCAGCUGUCUUGGUCAUGCGCUUCCCUGGACAAUGUUUGUCUACCACUGAGAUCGUCCCUGAGAAACAAGUCAAGCGUGUGCUAAAAACUGACCCGAGACCAGGCCUGCUGAGGUUUUGUUUAACUCACUACAUGAAAGUAUGCACGUGCAUUUGACUGUACUGUCACUUUGGUGCCAUUUUGUUUUGUAAAUAAAAUAGUUUUGCAUAAA